GCUGUAUAUGUGUGAAUGUGUAUGUGAGGGAGAGUAAGUUGAAGUUGCGGUGUCAGCGUGUCGGACGACAUCUCUCCAACCCGACGCCAAAUCACCUGAGUCACCGUUUACCCGGCCAGGCAAUCAUUUCGUGUCCAUUCCAGGACAGCUAGCAGAAAUGGAGAUCGAAGUUUUAUCUACUAGUGGCAAGUCCGUUGCGGUUCUCAGCAAUGUGAACCCAACAAUGACUGUUGCUGAGAUCAAAAAGGAAGUCCAGAAACAAAAAGGCAUGAGUAUUCAUAGGCAGUCAAUCAGACUUGAAGCAAAGGGUCAAUCUCUUAAAGAUGAAGAUUCAGUCAAAACCUUGGAACUUCGUAAUGGCGCAAAGAUUUAUGUCAGGGACUUGGGUCCUCAGAUUGGAUGGAAGACUGUUUUCCUGGCAGAAUACGCAGGACCCUUGGUAGUUUACCUGUGGAUUUACCAAAGACCUUGGCUGUUUUAUGGAGAUGCAGGGAAAGUGGCUCCAAUGGCUCAAGUGGUGCAUAUUGCAGCAAUUUGUUAUGCCAUCCAUUACGUAAAGAGGCUGCUGGAAACUAUAUUUGUUCACCGAUUCUCUAAGGCUACCAUGCCUUUCUUCAAUCUGUUCAAGAACUGCAGCUACUACUGGCUAUUUACAGCUUAUGUUGCCUAUCAUGUAAACCAUCCCAAGUUCACAGCUCCUUCAGCUGCUUGGAUUUAUGGAGGUCUUGCCUUAUUUGCGAUUUCAGAGUUGGGUAAUCUGAGCAUUCAUGUAGCUCUCCGUAAUUUGCGCCCCCCUGGUACCAAAGUUCGUCGCAUUCCUGUGCCUACUGGAAAUCCAUUCACUCUCUUAUUCAAUUUUGUGUCAUGCCCAAAUUACACUUAUGAGUUUGGGAGCUGGUUGGGAUUCACCAUCAUGACAUCUUGCAUACCAGCUGGUCUCUUUGCUCUUGCUGGCAUGUACCAAAUGUCCAUCUGGGCACUAGGAAAACACAAGGCCUACAAGAAGGAAUUCCCCAAUUAUCCAAAGAGUCGCAAAGCUAUUCUCCCAUUCGUCCUUUAAAACAUCUAACUUGUAAUUUUUUUAAAGUCAAUUUCAUCAUUAUCAUGAAGUAAUUAGUGUAAUGUUUUUUCUUUUUUCCUGUGAUCAAAACUCAUUUUUUAAAAACAUCAAAUGUUUCCAUACUUUAAAUUAAGUACAAAUGAGGCUUUCUUUUAAACCAUUCUUGAAAGUGGGUAGUUGAAGGUGUAGGAUACUUAAUCUUUACCAAAAAUCUUUAGAUGUGAAAUCUUUGUAGAUGUCUUUAUGUGACAUUCCAUUCGCCUCCAAAAGUAAUUAAGUUUACUUAUACUUUUUAAACUCCAUGUCUUACCUUACAUAUAUUCUCUCUUAACAAGGUAAUUAAAAAAAAGAAGAAAAAAAUAAAAUUCCCAAAGGAUAUCUUUUUUUGUUCUAUUUUACUGAAUGGUAGUAGAAUCUCUGUAACAAAUACAUGUACAGUGCUAGGGGUUAUGUAUUAGUACAAAUGAAGUGAUAAGACUUAUCAAGAACAACUUGCCUUAUGUUGCUGUAAGGGUAAUUUUUAUAUGCUCAAUUAUUUUUAAAGUAAUGGUCUUGGUUUGUGUUUGUGUGAUCAAUUCUUGUUGAUGUGUAUGGUGUCUGACGAUUAAAUUCUGGUGAAUGUUA